CUGUUACUGAACUAUCAGCGGUGGCGCAGGGAGAGUCCUGAGAUCAGCCGCUGUCUGUCCCCCUCCUCUGUGCUCGGCCUCCUCAACACAACGUACCACGCUGUCCUCCCCCAGCGGGACCACAGCGGCAGCAGGGUGCUCAUCUACAGGAUCGGACAGUGGGACCCAAAAGACUGGUUGGCCUUCCAGGUGUUCAGUGUCAGCCUGAUGACAUCAGAGAUCAUCUCCAUGGAAACGGAGACACAGAUGCAGGGUCUGAAGGCCAUUUUUGACCUGCAGGGAUGGAGUUUAGGCCACGCUCUGCAGGUUAACCCUUCCCUGGCCAGAAAGAUUUCCUCUGUGCUUUCGGACUCUUUUCCACUGAAAGUCCGAGGUAUCCAUCUGGUGAACGAGCCAAUGUUCUUCCGGCCCGUGUUCGCCAUGAUCCGCCCUCUCCUGCCGGAUAAGAUCCGAAAGAGGAUCCAUAUGCACGGUGCUGAUUUCCAGGACACUUUGAGCGACUUCUUCUCACCUUCUGUCCUGCCUCCAGAAUAUGGAGGGGAGGGGCCUGGCAUAGAGGGGGUGUGUCAGGCCUGGACCAAUCAGCUGCUUCAAUCAGAGAAGCUUCUGCAGCAGAUUGCCAACCACCCAACAGGUGAUAUCACCAUCCCUCCUGAGGACUGCUGGAUCUCAGAGAGUGGAGGCGUUCACACCAAAAAAAUCCGGAAGUAG